AUGGAGGUCCUUGGUGCCGUCGCCAGCUCCAUCGCCGUGGUGCAGGCUUUGGCAGCCGGGAAACAUGCCGUUUCUCUUUUUCGAGAAAUUCCGGACAUUCAGAAAGAAUUUGACUAUCUGAUGAAGGAGCUGGACAUGAUCAAAUCCAUGGCGCAAGCUGUCUCGAGAAUGGCUCCUACAGCACUGGAACAAGAUCUUAUCACCACUGCAGCGCGAAAACUCAAUGAGAUCACCGCAGAACUCGAAGCGCUACUACGGAUAUGUUCUCGAGAGAGUGGCCCAGACGGGAACAAGAGGAGCAAGAAAAGGAAGAGAAAGUGGCUUGUAGAGAAAAGCGACAUCAAGAAGCUUCAACAGAGGAUGGGCCAAUCCAAAGAAACUCUUCACUUUGCUCUGAACUCGUCUCGCGUAUCCAACGAUAUUCGUAUGCUCUUGGAGCAACCUUGGGCCAUCAACACGAUUGACGACACCGGCGAAUCUCCCCUUUACCUUGCAACUUCUCCGAACCAAGUCAGGUCCAUGGAAGUUCUCAUUUCAGCAGGAGCUGAUGUUAAUCAACAAUCGUAUAGGGGAUGGACACCUCUCACGGCCGCAGUCCGCGCAGAAAACGUCGAGGCUGUAAAGAUGCUGCUCAAGUCUAAAUCCAAUGUAAAUUUGUGCAAUGAGGCAGACGCGACAGCAUUGCAUUGGGCUUCGGACACAGUCAACCCCGAGGUCAUGAGCCUUUUGCUUGCGGCGGGAGCAUCUUCAAAGCAGCGAGAUGCCUUUGUCAUCAAGAUAGCGAACGAAGCAGCCAUUGAGGUGCUUCUCGUGGCAGGAUCUGACCUUGAAGCACUGAACAACUUCGGGGAUACACCUUUUCUUCAAUCAAUUACUUUCAAUGAAUUGGAAGUCGCCAGAGGUUUGUAUCUUUCUAUCCUAGACCUAUCCGGUAUCAAUCCAUGGCAGGAAGACUCAUUUGGCGACACCCCCUUUGAUUAUCUCGUCAUGAUUUCUGGUGAUCCGGACGAAUGGAUCCUGAGAGCUUGUCGUAGGCCAAGUCUUGCUGAGCAGAUAGCUUUUGUCGAGCUUUAUCAGGGCGUUCGAGAUCAAGCCCUACAGAACGAUCUUCAGAGUCUUGAGCGAGUCCUUAACGCAUUACAAGGUCAGGACAUUGCAAUCGCCCGAGAACAUCUACUAUUAUUGGCCGAAAAAGAGAAACGAUGGGAGCGUGAAAAUCUGGUUUCUUGGUAUCGAGCUGUUGACAAGCGGAUUCAGCACGCGGAAUGGGGUCUAGCAGCAGAAGAUUUAGAGGGUCACUUACUAGAUUUGCAAGAAGAACUCGCAACUCCGGUUUGGGAGAUUCCAUCGAAACACGGCUACUUAUGGGAAUUUGAUGAUGGAGGAUCAGUCAGUGAGGAUGGAUUUGAAAGUGAGGACGGAUCUGAAAACUCGGAUGAUUCCAACCAAUAG